AUGAAGAACCACCACCACCACCACCACCACCUCCUCAAGCCCAAACCCAUUAUCUCCCAAGUUGACGAAUCGAUGGUCCUCGAGGACGGUGACGGUAGCCGUUUGGUAGAUGGACGGGAUUUGACACCUCCGUGGACACAAUGUGUAAAAGCCAGGGUCGAGGAAAUCAGGCGGUCGUCGUUAGCCAGCCAGUCGGACUGUGGUGCCGCUAAAUCCAGAGACGAGAUACAAGUCCAGUGA